GGCAGGGGUAUUUUUGUCCAUUUUUUGAAUUUAUGUCCUUCGCUCGUUAUUCCUUUUUUGUUUAUCCUUGGCCGAGCUGGAAUUGGAUUCAUGAGAGAGAAUGAGAAGUAAACAGAGCAAUCGAGAGUUUUUCUCCGAAGGAUCUGUCGAUGGCGAGAAGGUUGGUGGAGGACGCGAUUCUUAGCUUAAUCGGCAGCGGAUUUGCGAGUUAUAGUUGUUAGAAGGUCUGUGGAGGACGCGAUUCUUCUUCUUCUUCUUGCUCGAGGUUUUGGCUCGAUUUGUUUGUGUUGAAGUUUCUGCUGGCCGUUGUUUGGUCUCCGUCGAGGAAUUUUUUGAAUCUUCUUUGUUGACUGAGCUUUUUUAGUGCAAUGAGUGAUCUCAAUCAAGGCGCCAUUGUUUCUUUGAAUGAAUCUAAUACUGGAUCUAGUUCUUCUAAUAGUAUUGUUGAAUCGGAAGGUUUUGAUGGUAUUGAUCCUAAUGUUCGAAGUUCCUGGAACAAUCUUGAGUUCGCUACAACUGAUGAUGCAUAUAGAUUUUAUGUGGAUUAUGGGAAUUAUAAAGGUUUUUGUGUGAGGAUUUACCAUCAGUCGGCAUGUCCGAAGCUUAAUAAUGGUUCAAAUGCGGUUUAUUAUAUCAAGUAUUGUUGCAAUAAGGAAGGCUGGAGGAUUGGUAGUGAGAAUAAUCCUGCUAAUCGUGGUUCUAUUGAUGCGAAGGCUCGUGUUCGUCAUGUUCCAGAAAUCAGGGGUGGAUGUGAUGGUGCCUAUAUUCGAAUUAGGUGGUUUAAGCAGUUCAAUUGUUACAAGAUUUAUAAGUGGUAUGAUGUGCAUAACCAUGACAUGAUUCCUGUGGCUAUGCGUCACUACAUGAGAUCGAAUAGGAAAAUGGCUCCUGUGUAUAAACUGUUGGCAGAUGUGAAUGAUGCUGCUGGUAUAGGUGCGACUGCUUCGUAUAAUGCAAUUAGUACAGCUGGUGGUGGUCGGAAGUGUAUUGGUUUCACAAGAAAUGAUUUGAAGAACCACCUGCGGACAGUGAGGACGUCAUCAAUGGAGCAUGGUGAUGCAACUGCAUUACUAAAACACUUUAGAAGACAAGCUAAGCUGGAUCCUGGCUUUUUUCAUGAGGUAGAGGUUGAUGUGGAUGAGAAUAUUGCUAGUAUUUUUUGGGCAGAUGGGAAGAUGCGGAUGGAUUAUCAUUUUUUCGGGGAUUCAGUUAGUUUUGAUACUACAUACAGAACGAAUAAAGAGUAUCGACCACUAGCUCUGUUUGUUGGUUUCAACAACCAUCAUCAACUUACUGUGUUUGGAGCUGCCCUUCUAUAUGAUGAAACAACGGCAACGUUUGAGUGGUUGUUUAAUCAGUUUUUGGAAUGCAUGGGAGGUGUGAGCCCGUUGUCUAUCUUUACUGAUCAGGCUGCUGCAAUUGCUGCUGGUAUAAGGUCUGUUUUCCCAAGUUCUUUCCAUGGAUUGUGUUCAUGGCAUAUCUCACAGAAUGCAGUUGUUAAUUUGGGAUCUUUGUGUGAUUCGGAUUUCCUUUGUGAGCUUAGCUAUUUGAUGUACAAUGUUGAUGAUGAGGAUGAUUUUGAGUAUAAUUGGAAAAGAAUGAUAGAUAAGUGUUUCCCUGGGAAAGGACCUCUUGGACACAGUUGGUUACAAGGUAUUUACAAGGUGAGGGAGAAGUGGUCAUCGGCUUGGGUGAAUUCUCAUUUUGGUGCUGGUAUGAAGAGCACCCAGUUAAGCGAGUGUUGCAACAGUAAUCUUCGUCAUUACUUGCAGUCAGAAUUUAGUAUUCCUAGAUUCUUUGUACAUUUUGAUAGGAUGCUUGAUAAUAAGAGAGAUGCUGAAGAAGAAGAGGAGUACAGAGCACUUUCUACGUUUGCUGAUUGUCGCUUUUCAAGCAGUGCUAUUGUCAAGCAAGUUGCUGAUCUAUAUACCCCAAAAAUAUUCCAGCUUUUUCUAGGACAGUACAAAGAAUCUCUUUCAUACAAUGUUUUCCCUAAUACAGAGUUAGCUCAAGAAGGGAAUGUAAAGAUCUUUGAUGUCUUUACAUUGUUAGCAGACUUGUCAAGGUUUGACAGCAGACUGCUCAUAGUUGAUUUUGAUAAUGGUGAAAUUAAGUGUACUUGUCGCAAGUGGGAGUCAAGCGGUUUGUUGUGUAAGCAUCAAUUGAGGGGAUAUGAUUUGUUGUGGUCUACAACUUGCAAUGUGAAGUUUCAUCAC